AUGCCUUCCACGGCGGUUUAUGUUAUUUCAAAGUCUGUUGCUUCCGCCAGUGGGGUCUUUCUGCCAGUGGGUUUGUUGCUUCCCACUGGUAGGCCCUUUCCUCCUACCAGUGGACCUGUUAUCUCUCGCCAGUGGACCUAUUAUCUUCCGCAGAUAGGCCUUUUUAUAUUACGGCCAACUGCCUAUUUUUCUUCCAUUGAGCCAUUUAUCCCACUGGCGGGUCUGUUGCUUCCUGUUGCUUCCAUCAACAAUCAAUUUGCCUCUGUGGCGGAACAAAAUGGUUCCAUUCCUGCCACAAGAUUGUUGGCUAUCUCAUGCCUUUUGGGCACGUCGUCAAAAGCCGAUACGGCUCACCAGAAGCCCAACAAGGGGCGCAAGAGAAAAGGCCAAACCGGCCAACAGCACAGGCCCAAGAUGCGUGCCAGGUCAGAGGCCAAUCCGGCUCACCAGAAGCCCAACAAGGGUCGCCAGAGAAAGGGCCAAACCGGCCAACAGCACAGGCCCAAGAUGCUCGCCAGGUCAAAAGCCAAUCCGGCUCACCAGAAGCCCAACAAGGGGCGCCAGAGAAAAGGCCAAACCGGUCAACAGCACAGGCCCAAGAUGCGCGCCAGGUCAAAAGCCAAUCCGGCUCACCAGAAGCCCAACAAGGGGCGCCAGAGAAAGGGUCAAACCGGCCAACAGUACAGUCCCAAGAUGUGGUCAAGAUCAGGGACAAAUCAAGUCAAGAUCCAUUUCUAUGUCCAUGUCCAAGUCCAUGUCCAAGUCCAAUUCCUUUCCAAAUGGUCAAACAAUGUCCACGUACUGCUAGAGUACUAG